UGAGUGCGUUUCGUGUGGCUUCGACUGGAACGAUUGAAGCCAUGUGCAGUUUGUCACUGUGCUAGCGUUUUACCAUGCUUUGCAGUUUUUACGAUGUGAAGUGUUCGCGUACACGUGUUGUUAGCUCAAUUCUGUCUCUUGUAAGGGCUGUGUUGACGUUUGUGAUUUGAAGUAGUUAGAUGCGUCGCUGAAGGCCGGUCGUCAAAAUAUCAACUGCGAUGGUUGGUGGUGUCGACUGUGCAAAUGUACGACUUCAAGGUAUGAGCGCGUGAAAAAUGACUGGCUGCAGUGUACCCGGGUGCAAGAAUCGCUCAGAAAGCGGGAAGCCGUUCUAUGCCAUUCCUUUCGGCCAGUCGGUGCUGGAACGUCGUCGUCGUCUUCGGUGGCUUUUGCGUAUGGGCCGCGAUAAACCGAUCUCAAGAGGUGCCCGGAUUUGCGAGGACCACUUCACAGAUGAUCAGUUUGAAGGCUUCCAGUCCAAGCGCAGAAGGAGAUUGAAGUACAAUGCUGUACCCAGUAUAUUUCCAUCUGAAGGGCAAGCACCAAUCGAGAGCAAACCAACAAGCAAUUGUGCACAACCUAGUCUUAAAACGGAACAAGUUGUGCAGCCUCAUGAAGCACCUCAAUGUGACAGAACGCAACAAAGCGAUAGCACGGUGCUUUCCACUGAUGACUCAGAACCAGGGAAUGAUGGGCUAUCAGACGGCAGUUCAAACCAGACCACUUGUACAUCACCCAGUGGCAGUGCGACCCUCGCUAACAUUGCGCCGAGUACAAAUUUGCCAGUGCAAAGUGCAACAGUGCUGGCUCCCUUACAGACUGUGACUGUCGCACCUGUGCAACAGCAGGCUCAGACUACUCUUCUCCUUGAGGAUACUGGUGCUCCAACUCCUACAUAUUCCGUGACAUAUUUAAUCCCUAACCUUGGAGCAUACAAGGUGACAUCACAUGUUGCUGUACCUGCUUCAUCUUUGUUACCCACCGUCGAGCCACAGAAGCAAGCAGUGCCAGUUUGCUCUCAGCCAUCCGCAGGGUCCCCUUUCCUGCCUAAGAAGCCCCCCAAGACUGAGAGGGAGAUGGAACUAGAGCGGAGGCUGGCCUUGGAGGGCAAGAGACGCCGAAAAGCCGAGAUGGAGAGAGACGAGCUGCGUCGUUCCCUGAAGCGUCUUUUGGUCGAUGACCAAGUGAGAGCGCUUGAGAAGGGGACCAUGAGGGGAAGCUCCUGGUCCAGGGAGACAGUACAGAAGGCCCUGCAGCUCAGAGUGAUGUGUGGGGGCCGUGUGUAUGACUACGUAAAGUCAUACGUGGUACCACUGCCUGCACAGAGGACAUUACAACAGCUUGUGAGACGUAUGAGAGCAGCUGAUGGAGAGCAAGAAUGCCUUUUUGACGAGUUAGUGGAGGCAGCCGAUGGAGAGCAAGAUUGUCUUUCUGACGAGUUCACGGAGGCAGCUGAUGACGAGCAAGAAUGUUUUUUUGAUGAAAUCACAAUAUCGGAAGAGGAUGCUUGAUGGCUUUGUGUCAUCUUGCGCCAUCUUUCUAAGAGCCAUAUGUCUUAUUUUCUGUGAAGGAAAGGUUAUUAGGAAAUUUGUGGUUAAGAAAAGAAGGCAGUGUAUUAUGUUAAUUAGUGCCAUGAAAAGCAGCUAAAGUCCUCAUCUUAAUAUCAUUCUACUAGAUUCUACUAGGUGCCUGCAACGUUUUGUUUUAACUCCACAGCUGUUGUGAGCCACAUUGCACUUUAUGUAAAUCUGCGGAGCAUUCAUGGAAUGUUAUUUGAAUGUAUACGUUGUGAGGCAGAUGGCAACAGUAGUGGCUGAAGUUGUCUUACUGAGUAUUGCUCAGUCAUGACAGGUCUACGGCACAAAUUCAGUCUGUAAUUCGCUGUUCAUGAUAUCCCGCAGUGCGUAACAUGAGGGACAUGAUGGAAACAUAGAAAGGGCCGGCUUUCAAGUUCCAAAUUGCUUUUAAUAUUCAUAUGGCACAUAUCGAUAGUUGAAAAAAAAACACAGAUAACAUAGUUUGCCCCGUGUGCAGAAAGACAUCUUUCUUAUCAAGAAAGAAGGGAUGCUCACUCGUAAAUAUGCACCUUUUGACUAAUAAAAACCUUUUUUGUAUGUCA